AUGAAGGAUGCUGCUUGGGGUGUUGAUCGAACAGCUCAGGUGCGCUUUUGGAACUUUCGAGAUCGUCGUUGCGAGCUGGAGCAGUACUUUAUGGAAGAUGCGUUUUCAAUCGCUCUGCACCCAAGUGGGUUACAAGCACUGAUUGGCUUCAUCGACAGACUUCGGCUGAUGGAUGUCCUGAGGGAUGAACUGAAGACUUACAGGGACUUUCCGCAUAUCAAGAGCUGUAGAGAGUGCCGUUUUAGCAACGGUGGCCAUAUGUUCGCUGCAGCUUGUGGAAACAGCAUUGAGGUCUAUAAGACUUACACGUGCGAGCUUCUCUAUCACCUGAAGGGACAUAACAACAAAGUCAGGACGAUCAGCUGGAAUUGGGACGAUUCGAGAUUGGUCAGUGGUGGACUGGAUGGCGCUGUAUACGAGUACAACAUAGUGGCUGGAGGACAGAGGAUAUCGGACUGGGUGAAUAAGACUCUCUUGGUAUCUUCAACUGCGGUCUGGACGGAAAUGUCAACAGAAACUGAGAAGGGACCGCUUAUGUUCGGCUUGCCGGUCACUCGCGUGUACGUUGUUGGUAACACCAAGAGCAUUCGGGAGGUUUACUGCUCACAACUGCAGAACACUAUUGGAGAGGAGUCGCCCUGUGAAGAGAAUGGAUGUGCGGACUCGGUCAACUUGGGUCAAAUCUGUGUGGGAGCGAGUCGGGGAGGUGCUAUCCGCUGCUAUAGGCUUCCAUCCUCGGAGGAUGACCCUGCUGGAGAUGACCCGGCAUCAUCGGACUCGAACGCUAAUGCCAAUUUCUUGGAGUAUCCAUGCCACUUUGGAGAGGUGACGAGGAUGGCGAUAUCCGAUGAUGAGAGGUUGUUGUUCACGUGUGGAGAGGACGGUUGCGUGUAUGUGUUUGAUAUAUGGGAUAAGAGCAGGCUGCCGGUCGCCGACGGACUGGAUGGGAUGUCUGAAGCGGCAUAUGAGGAGCGAAACAUGCCGUACUCAGAUGAGGUGCUGGUGACCAAAGCUGGUUUGGAAGAGCAGCGUCACCUCCGUAAGGACCUCAAACGCCAAGUCGAUGAGCUGACAACGCAGUCAGACUAUCAGCUACGUCAGAGGGAGGUGUACCAUGCUGAGAGGAUCGCCGAGAUGGAAGCGAAGUUUCAAGAGGCCCUGAAACUGAAGAAAGAGAAGUACGGCGGUGGUGUCGAAAACAAUAGGCGUCUCAUUUCCUCCUUGAUUCUUGACCAUAGGAUUGAGGAGCUUAAAGAGGAGGUUGGGCCUAGAAGCGAAGAAAUUGCCGAAGUGAGGAAGCAAAUCUCUGAUAUGGACCAUGAAAUGGAAGAGCAACACAAACAGAGCAAGAACCUGAUGGAAGAUAUUGAGGUUAUGAGGGGGAAGCAAAAAGAGCUACAGCGAGAAGUGGUCGACUAUAGACAGCGACUGUCGGACCUUCGGCGGGUAUCGAAUGCCUUCAAGACGGAUCUCUAUCACACUACUCAGCAUAUACUGGAUCCAGAAAAGCUCAAGGAGAGCUUCCUUGGUAUGGCGAGGAAGUAUAUUGAGUUACCUCCUGCAAAGGAGCCCGUAGAGAAGGAGAAAGGAGGAGAUGAGGAGGGGAGUGGAGAUCAAGAGGAGGAGGAUACUGAGGAGGAGGAAGAAAGUGAAGACGAGGAGGUUGCGAUGGAGAAGAGGCCGCAUACCAAAAAGGGGAUCCACACGGAACAUCAAUGCCAGAAAGCUGCCCUAGAGGCAAGGGUGAACAACAUGAAAAUGAAGCUGCAGAAGGAUGCGGAAGCUCGAAGGAAAGAUAACAGUCGGAUUAUGGCGGAGAAUAUGGGUCUAUUAACAGAAAUUGGUGACCUCCGUAAGGAGCUGCAGGCCUUGAAGAUAGAGCGAAGUGAGAGGAAGCUCUCUAUUACUCGGCAAGGGCCCUUGAAGGGUAUACCCACGUGCAUUAGAUUGUCUUCGUAG